GGGGUUCGUGACGGAGUUGCUCAGACAGAAGCAGAAUUAACUCAUAGCAGAUGAGACAGUGGAGUGGGGUGGGAUGUGCGAUCUGAGAUAGAGAGAGGGACAGGUGAGACAUUCCAGGACAGAGUGACAGAGUGACAGAGCCGUUUGGGGGAUUGUAUCCGCACUGAGAUGACUGGAAUUGGAACCCCAGUCCCCCGCCUCCUGUUCCUUCUUCUAAUCAGCCUACUUCCCGCAGUUUCCUCUAAAGAGCCCUGCGUUCCUUUAGUGAUUGCUAAGAGAUCCUUCACAUCAAUCCCAGUAGGGGGCGCUCUCUCACUGAACUGCUCUGUGCUACACUGUGGUCCAGGGAGCUGGAGUGGAGAGUGGGGCCGGUCUGACGUGGGUAAUUUCAACCCCUUGAACCUGAGUGAUGACAGAGUGCAGGUGACUGUGAUUCCAGAAAGAGAGACCCAGACUACACUGCAGCUGACCAUUCAGAACAUGAUGUAUAAUGACUCUGGAGGCUAUCAGUGCAGGGUGAUUGGUACAGAGUCAAACACCAGCAACAUGGGACACAUGACUAACGUGACUGUCACAGAUCUCCAUUGCACAACGAAGACGCCCCCCUGUCUCCCCCCAGACUCUCCAGGGCGCAGAUUGCACGUCAGGCUCCUCGUUUGCUUUUCUCCUGUUCUCUCCCUCGGAGUGGGCUGCCUGCUGUGUUGGAGCUGCAGAGCGACCAAAUGCAAAGCUUCAGCUCAAACGACGGACUCUGAAGAGCCAGCCACAGAGUUGGUUUACACAACAGUGAUUCUGCGAGACCCCAGCCACCACCCAGCUAAAGCUCCUCCCCCUUCACAGUCUGAAUAUUCCACCAUUCACUUUCCACACAGAGGAGGCGGCAGGGAAAGAGCCUCGAACUCAUGAUUGUUAAGAUCUGCCCACCUUCUUUCCGUUUGCAGCUUUGGAACAGAACUUGUGCAGCCAAACAGAACCUUUACAAACACUAUUAAUUCUCUAUAUACAGUGUGAAUGUAAAUAGUCAAAAGCCAAACACAAAGGAAAGCCCUGUUGAGACCAGAAUUAGGAUGUUGCAUCAUGUAUAGACUGGACAGGGCUAUCUCCACUGCCUGCAUGAAUCAGCAUUUCAACCUCAGAAUUGCAAUUCACUGUUGCUUUGAUACAGUCUUAUAAAGAAAGUGUGAAAUAAGCUUUAUUGAACCCGAGAUGAAUGCACCUAUGGGACUGGAGUCUCACUUAUGCAUCACUAUAGCUUGAAUGACAGUGAAUGUGAUAAUUAAGAGUAGACUCUCCAAUCUGUACACUGCACAAGUCAUGUAUCAAAAAAAAAAAAAAAAAACUUGUCAUUCUGUGAAAUGUGUUUCACUUUUCCCCCUAUUAAAGCAGAACCCUGUACUUUUAUUUCCUUCCUCUCAAUGUGCGAUUCAUUAUUCCUGAACCACAGAGGAACGGGUCAAACAUUUCACUGUUACCACACAGCAGCAUCACUCAGCA